AUGAGGGCUGCCUUUGCAGGGAGUGCUGCCUUCGCAAGGGCUGGUGCCUUUGCAAGCAGUGCUGCCUUUGCAAGGAGUGCUGCUUUCGCAAGGAGUGCUGCCUUCGCUAGGAAUGCUGCCCUUCUAAGGAGAGCUGGCUUCGCAAGGAGUGCUGCCAUCGCUAGGAGUGUUGCUUUCGCAAGGAGGGCUGACUUCGCAGGGAGUGCUGCCUUUGCAGGAAGUGCUGCCUUUGCAAGGAGUGGUGCCUUCGCAUGGAGUGCUGCCUUCGCAGGGAGUGCUGCAUCCGCAAGGAGUGCUGCCUUCGCAAGGAGUGCUGCCUUCGCAAGGAGUGCUGCCUUUGCAAGGAGCGCUGCCAUCGCAAGGACUGUUGCCUUCGCUAGGAGUGCUGCCUUCGCAAGGAGGGCUGCCUUCGCAAGGAGGGCUGCCUUCGCAAAGAGGGCUGCCUUCGCAGGGAGUGCUGCCUUCGCAAGGGGUAAUGCCUUCGCAAGUAGUUCUGCAUUCGCAGGGAGUACUGCCUUUGCAAGGAGUGCUGCCUUCCAAGGAGUGCUGCCUUCGCAAGUAGUGCUCACUUCGCAAAGAGUGCUGCCUUCGCAAGGAGUGCUGCUUUCGCAAUGA